AUGGCUGGGGGAUCAAGCGACCCUCGACUCUUCUUCAGUCUCGAUAACGUGCGGGCAUUCCAUGUCCAGGAUGGCGAGGAGACGGAACUCACCCCCUCAGGGCCUCAGACGCUCUCCCUCCUCAUGGUACCUACGACCAUCCCCGUUGUAGACCCUGCCAACCCGCACGCUGCGUCAGGAAACACAGAGGAAGACUUCUACCUCCAUCUUCACCUGCCGCCAGAGCUUGAGCUCCCACUGCCCGCCACCACUCAGGUUUACCACCAGCCGCCAGACAGCUACCUGAUUCCCAGAUGGGAUCUAGGGCCUGAGGCCGGUGCGUUUACUCGCAUUCAGUUCCCCAAGAUCGGAAGCGGGUCUGGAAUGGUAUCACAGGAGGACGUCGACACAUUUGAGACCAUUCUUGCGCAGUGUACUGCUUUUCUUGAGCGGUCUCCACCCCCAAAACACCAGGGCAAGCAGCCGCAAAAGCAACAACAGGGAGGAUAUAACCCUGCAACAUAUGCACCUGGAGAGGGCUAUGCAGGGACUGGCGAUGAGAAGAACGGCCAGAUUGUUCUAGUUGAUGAGGAGAACGGGAGUGUUGUGGGAGAACUCACCGAGGGAUUCAGUGUUGUGCAGUCGACAGACGUCAAGCCUGGGUCAAAAGACCCCGUUCAGAUCCAACUACCCGAGACAGGCAACCAGAUCACGGUCAGCAAUGCACCGCCAGAGUACCUGCGUAUGGCAAGCCACCCUGCAUAUGCAAAGUCAUCGCUUGUUCAAGGUUCAGCCAUGGCUUCCCGUCUUCUGGUGACUACCACCGAAGCACUGGCCAGCCUGGUAAACACUGGAGCAGACAGCUUCACCCGGAGUACCAAGCCCGCUGCCAAACCCAUGACAUUCUCGCCAUCCGCACAGGCACACAUUCGCAAGAUCAACACCUUCUCGCAGUCUGCUGCUGGCCUAUCAGCCAAAACCGUGGGACAGCUAGGUAAAUAUGCACAGAACCUGGGCGCGGCAUUGACUCGUCGGGGUGAGCGUGAUCCGUAUAACAGAGGAUACGACAUCAACGGCAAGCCGAUACCAGACUACAAGCCUGGUAUCCUCAACAAGUCAAUGAUUGCGAUUUCCACCCUGGGUGACGGUCUCGAUCACAGUGCUCGACAUCUCCUGUCAACCGGUUCUCAGGCUGCGUCCAAAGUCAUGGGCCACCGAUACGGCGAAGAGGCGCGGGCAGUGACGACAGAUAUCACUGGCGGCGUCAAGAACGUCGGGUUAGUCUAUAUUGACGCGAUGGGCGUUUCAAGACGGGCAAUCCUCAAGUCGGUGGCCAAGGGGAUGGUUGUCGGUCGUAUGAAGGAUGGACAGCAGCUUGUCGUUGGUGGAGGCGACGGCGGGCAGAUCGGAUCUAGCGUGCUCUCUCCACCAUCUGGCAAGCCGGAGUCAGGCCUCUCGCCUCAAUUUGGAGCAUCCUCAUCGUCAUCGUCUUCAGGGCCGAUGUAUCGAGCACAGUCGCCUGCGCCGCCACCAGCGUAUGGCGCCCAGGGGGGGAAAUCGCUGGGGGGCACUCCGAUGAACGACAGUCACAAGUACCAGUAG